AAGGGGCGGCCGCAGGGAGGCCUCAGCGCAGCUCUCCCACAGCCCUGCGGUCCCGCCCUCCCGGUGCCAUGGAAACGCGGCCCGUUGUGCCCAGCGCGGCGGGCCGCCUGUCGCCGCACUGGACUCUGCAUGGCCCACGUCCGGCCGCCUUCCAUGGCCUCGGCCAGGCCCUGCUCGCUCCCGCAAGUCGCCGCCUCGAGCCCCUCCGUUUCCUUCCCCUCUUCCUCGGCGGCGACGGUCCUAACCCGGGUGCGGGCGCGGGCCGAGGCGCAGCUGAUCUCCGCGAUAGCCAGCGAGCGGGCCAUGCGCUGGAGCGAGGUUGUUGCACAUUACACAGCACUCUUGAAAACUUUGAGCAAAGAGGAACUUCCCAAAGACUUUGAGCCUGGUCCUUACUAUUCACAACUGCUAUUUGAAACCUAUUAUCAUUUAGCUGUAGCUUUCCAAAGACAGAAUCACCAUCAGGAAGCAGUGCAAGAGCUUAAUAAAGCAAUAGAUGUUGCAUCUAUCCCUAAGAUUGCCUGUCGAGUUGGCUGUGUUUCCAGAACUUUCCUUCAUACACCACUGUUUGCGAGAAGAGCAUAUGCAUAUGUAAAAUGUGAUCGUUUGAAAGAAGCAAUAGAUGAUGCUAACAAGGCUGUUGAGUUAGACCCUUUGAACCCUGAUGUAUAUUGUGUUCGUGCUCUUGUUUGGAACACAAUGAAAGAAAAGAAGAAAGCGCUUUUUGAUUUAAACUGCAGCCAGAAGCUAAAGCCUUGUCAUAUUUCCACUUUGAUCAUAAAGGGAAUUAUUAAAAAUUCUCUUAUGGCAACAGGGGAUCCACAGUUUUUAGGGAAGAAUAAAGAUCAUGAAAAGGCUUAUAAACUGGACAAAACUAGUAAAAAUUUCUUUGAUGUAGGAGAUUUCCAUAGUCCUAAAAUGGAUGAUUUCUAUGAUAGAUUCCUAUGGUCACUCAAUGUUCCUCACACAAUAAUGCAAGUCAACUUGUUGGCUGGAAGUUCAUUCACUACACAGUUACCAUCUGAUUCAUUUCACAGAGAGAAGAGAAUGGACUUACUUCCCAGGCAGAGAGCGGGGUCGUUUGUCUGUAGCACUUCAACCAGUUAUCUUGACAACACUGCCUUUGCAAAGAGGGCAUCAUAUGGAAAGGCAUUGAAGGAUUCUGGUUUAAAAUUGAACGGCAGCGAGAUUUCAGAGAGGAUUCUAAGAAUUACACGGGCAGCUUCAGAAUGGUCAGAAAAGAGGACAUCCUGUAAAUCUGUGAAGGAAGAUUCACAGACAACAGAAGCAUCAACAUCUGGCACCCUUGCAUGGUCUCUGUAAAAGACUGUUUGUGUGAAUGAGGAAUGUAUGCAUCAGGAAAAGGUAAGGUGUGAAGGCCAUUGUUAUAGCCAGAUGGUCAAGGAAGAAGGAGUGAAGAGACUUAAUGACACCAGAGAAUCAUCAAUGUGCAUCCAUAAUGAAGGAAGGGCAGAUUGACGACCCUGAGGUGAAGCUGACACCCCUAAAGACAGGACCGUUGAUUAAAUCAGAACCAGGACAGGUUGACCCUCUUGGAGGUGUAUUGGAAUGUUUACAUCAAAAGAUACACCAGUUGAGAAGUAACCGGUCACAAACUGACACAGCAAAAUCCAUAGACUUCAACAGAGAAAAAAGACUAUAAGAACAGGAUGCUUGGCCAUGGGACUUUGGGUUCAUCUUGCCACACUCCAGGAGCAUCGGAUCGCAACUGACGGAGCCCUGCUCCCCUCUGUAACCAAUCUGGCUUGCCACUAGAUUGAUCUAGACUCUGGACUGGUAACUAUAAACAUCAACUGGCAGGACUGUGUGUGUGUGUGAGAGAGAGAGAGAGAGAGAGAGAUCGAAAAGCAUAUGCUAACUGUUGUAUUCUCAAUAAAUGCGGUGUGCUGCCUUCUCCCCUGUAAAGAUCCCGUGUGCUUCUUAUAAGUAUAACAUACUGUGGUAUCCAGCAAUCCCCCUUACAAACCAGACCUCAGAGAUCUAAUGGGAAAUAAUCAUUCUGGUUUCCACUGCCAUGAUCCCCAUCCCCUUACACUUACAACAUACAGUCUUGAACAAAUUGGACUCCUUGGAGUGUGAAACCCACUAGAAAUCCUUCCUUUACUGCCUCUGCUCCAGAGUUAGAGCUCCCUCCCCGACAAGUUAUCAUGAGUCUACUCAAGAGGGUUUAUUGGUACAGGAAGUCCUCUCUUAAAGUCAUCCUGGUUAACGUUGUUUCAUUGUUACGUUGCUGAUCAAUUAGGGAACAUGCUCAUUUAAAGUUGUGCAAUGCUCCCUUCUAACGUCAUUUUGCAGCCGCCCGCUUUGUCCACUGCUUGCAGGAAGAGCAGCCCUUUGCAGCUAGCUGGUGGGUGGUUGGAACCAGGGUGGACUGGCAGCCCCCCUAUCAGCUUCCCACUUCUCUAAGUUCCCUGUGCAGCAGCUGCUCAGCAGGCUAUCAAUUGCCAGCAGUUCAGCUGUCCCUCCCCCCACUGCCAUCUGCUGCUCCGGCCCUCUGCCUUGGAGCUGCUCCCCGAGACUCCUACUUGCUGUGUGGGUGGGAAGGGAAGAAGAGGGGGGCUAAUGUCAGGGUGUCCCCCUGCUCCUGCACCCCACUUACCCCAUCUUCCAUAGAGCAGGGGGACACAUGGAUGGAGGGAGCUGCUGCCUUAGGCAGUAGUUGCAGCUGCGGUCCAGUCUCAGCUUGCUGAUCUAAUUAACAAGGCAGUGUACUUCUGACCCCACUCUUCAUACUUAAAGGGGAAAUGUGCAUCUCUAUCUCUCAAACACACACAGGGUGUGUGUCUCUGUCUGCCCUCCCUUCUUUCCUGCUGCCUUGUAGACUGUUAGAGUUAACCCUUGAGGGCUCAGCCAAUUGCUAGUUCAUAAUUUAGCAGUAAGGCAUUCCCUGGGAAAUAGCCCACCGUCUGACUCCUCCACCUCAACCAAGCUUCACAAUCAUCAUCACUGUGUACCAGUAUUAAAUUGUUUGUUUAAGACUUAUACGGUGUGUGUGUGUGUGUGUAUAUAUAUAUAUAUAUAUAGUCCUUCGGUGAAAAAAAUUUCCCUGGAACCUAACCCCCUCAUUUACAUUAAGUCUUAUGGGGAAAUUGGAUUCACUUAACAUCAUUUCGCUUAAAGUCACAUUUUUCAGGAACAUAACUACAACGUUAAGUGAGGAGUUCCUGUACUAUAUCAUGGUCUGCUCCAGUGGGAGCAUCAGAGCAAUGAAGAGCACCAGGACAGGGCAAAAGUUCAGUUGAUUCCAACAGCAAUAUCUUCCUUCCCUGCCUGAAGAAGCAGUUAUCUCUUUUACUAGCCAGGUGGAUGAUUUUAGGAUCUUCCAAGACCUCUUGUGAUGCAUGGAGAUUCUAGUGGAGGUAGUGGAGAUUCUAGUGGAGGUAGUGCAAUAAAAAUCCCUUAAAUUACUGCUACUAAAUUAUUUUUCAUGCCCACCCCCAACCCCCAGUCACCUGGUGGGCUUGCCAUGCCUAUCAAUGCGGGGUUGCUGGAACUAGCUCGGCUCUGUGUCAGACUCCAGCAUCCAUGGCACCCACGUCCAAGAAAGCUGACAGACAUUAUCAAGUUCCCUCUUAAGUAUUUCAAUAUUUCUACUUCCACCCUGUCCCAAGGUAACUGGUGAUGGUAGUAGUGCAUGAAAGAUCUAAACAGCAAAAGCCUCCAAACAAGGAAUAAGGACCCUAAAAACUGGACUUGUUCAACAGAAAGGUCUACUUCUCCAUUAGUCUUCAGAUGUGCAUUUUGAAUUACCAGGCACUUCUGUCAAAAUAGUGCCUAUCUGAAGUGGAACGAAGUGUUGCAAUUCAUAGAGGAGCUUCCAGAGGAACAUAGGGAGGAGCUGAAGUCUCUAGUGUCUAAAGGACAGUUAGUGGCCUGAACAUCUCUCCACUGUGAUAUGCAGGGCUUCAUAGCUUCCAUUUUCUAGAAUACUCAGUGAGGUCCAAAUGACCAUUGCGAACCUGCCACUUGUAAGUUGUGAACUCUUUAAUGCACAAACCAAUGAAGACCUUCAUUUGUCACAGGAUUCAAGAAAUAUCCUCCACUUGUUGAGUGUAUACACUCCAGCCCUGAGGAGGAAGCAAGCCAAACCGCAAAGCUAGAGGCCGCUACUUAUUAUUAUAACCUCCUGAAGAUAGUUGGAACCACCAAAGAAGAAAGUUCCAGUGCAAAAGGCCUUCUGCCUCUUCCUCCACCAUCAGCUUGGAGGGUAAAGGGAAAUUCAGGCCUUUACGGCUGGUCGACCUUACACAGUAUUCCAUAAAGAUAAGGUGACUUUUAGGGCUCACCCCAAGUUCCUUCCUAGGUUGUUUCUGAUUUUCAUUUAAAUCAGUAGAGUUGCCUCCCAGUGUUCUUUCCCAAGCCCCACUCAAAAGGGAAAGCCAAACUGCACACUCUUGAUGUGGACAGGGCUCUUUCAUAUUCCCUGGACAAGACCAGACCCUUCAAGAGCUCCCCCUGACUGUUAUGGGUCAAACCAUUUCUACUAAAAUAACUCCACAGUUCUUGAAGGAUAUUGUACACUAAGAACACGGAUACAUACCUAUAACCAUAACUUCACCAUAACAAAGUGUUAUGCUUGGAAUUAUGCAGUAUGUUAAACAUUUUGUCCCUUCUCUGUGAAUAUUAUUAAGUUAGAAAAAAACCUGUCCUUAUUAUUACUCAGAAAAAAUGGGUUUUGAGAUUUUAUGGCUUACAUGCUAAAUCAGAUCCUGUAGAUUACUAUUCCAAAUAAUUCUGCUAAUACAACAUCCAUCCUUCCAGUCUCGAUGAAUGAUUUGAAAUUCAGUGUCUGUAAGUGUCUCUAUUAAAAUAUCAUUAUUGACUCAGUAAACAAUAUUAUCAAAAGAAGCUUUGCUUCAUUCAAAUUCAUUUAUAUAUAAUUGUAAGGUGGAACAAAUUGAAUUUGGAGUUUAGUAACCAGAUGCUGAUGCUCCAUUGCCCUUAUUCCAACAUAAGACCCUGAUGUCCUCAAGUCCUCAUUUUCACAAUUAGGUAAUGCUCUUGGAAACUCAUUAAAUCUAUUUAUGUUUGGUUUAUAUAGAGCUGAUUUGUUUUGUAGGUGAAGUACAGAACUUGUGAACACUUGUGAGAUAUGAAAUCAACAGCCAACAAAGUAAUAUUUGUUAAUUGGUCAUGUAACUUUUCAACAUAACCCACUAGCAGGGUGGUGCGGAUGAUUUGGUGAGCAAAAGGUUUUGUGCAAGUUAUGCUUUUUUAUAUUUUAACAUUCAGUCUCAUACACAGUAAAACUGUCACUUGUCAUUAACGAGAAAAUAAAACAUUGUUUCUAUAUUAACCUUUGUUGAUCAAUUCUCUGUUUCAUGUUUUGUCAUGUUUAUAUUCUCAGUGGACCCAAAUGAUCCUAACUUCCCCAAAGUCUGAGGGUGGUUAUUGUAUUUCUGGCCCUUAUCUUUAUAAUACCCAAAGCAUGGAUUGGAACACAUCAACUUUGUGGAAAUUAGGAUCUGAACUUUGUGGCUUAGGCUAAUCUUGAGUCCUGAACCUGUGAGAUGUGGAUCACCUUCAACUAACCACAGUUAAGGACACUCAAUACCUUGCAGAACUAGACCCCCAGGGUUGUAUCUAUAUAUUGAGAGGUCAAAUUGUUUUCCCCACAUAUGACAUAGUAAAUUAUUAUCAUGUAGCUAAGUGAGUAUUGCUAUAUUUUUUUGAAGUAUUACACCUUCUUUUUCAUUAAGUUCAGUAGCAGAAUGUCUCUUAUUUAGUCUAGUCUAAUACUGUUGGUGGUUUAGAACCUCUCCAUCUUGACAGUAAUUUUCAUUUAAAACUUCAGACAAUUAUGCAUUUCAGAAUGAUCAUCAAACUUCUAAUGGAAGAGUUACAUUACAUGUUGGAGAGGGAAUCAGGCUAAAUAAAGGCAACACAUAUCUUCAACAGUUCUGGCAGAUUUAUAUCACCAGCAGUUAUCAGUUUCAGUGGUGUUCAGACAGGUCAUCUUAACUAGAGAUUAAUGUAAAUUGUUUUGCAGUGGGGGAUGUCAAAGUUCAUCCAGUCAUUAGUGUGUCUGUAACAGGACCCACUAAUUUCUGAGACAACAGAGGGCACUUCAGUGGAAUUUGUCAUCACAAAUUUCAAUUUAUUUGAGCAUAAGCUUUCAUGAGCUACAGCUCACUUCAUCGAAUGCAUUCGAUGAAGUAGCUGUAGCUCACAAAAGCUUAUGCUCAAAUAAAUUUGUUAGUCUCUAAGGUGCCACAAGUACUCCUUUUCUUUUUGUGAAUACAGACUAACACGGCUACUACUCUGAAAAAUUUCAAUUUGUUAUUUCAAUUUGUCAUCACAUUAAGGCUCUCUGAAUGGACCAUUUUUUCACUAAAAAGUCAAUAUUUGAAGCCAUUUGUUUCCAAUCACUAUGGAAUAUUUAAUGUUGGGCUGUUUCUAAUGGCUUUCCUAUUAUGAUUCUGAUCUGAUGUACUAUUCUAUAUAAUUUUAUUAUGAACACAACAGAAUGGAUCUAUG